AUGGCGGCGUCCGAUGAGGAUCAGCGCUGGGCUGCAGCAGCUGGAGUCACCUUUCCACUUGUUCUGACAGUCAGCGAAGCAAGUGGUGCGCAAACCGAAGUUACGGUGAGCUCGUUAUACUAUGCUGUGGCGGACUUGAAGCAGCAGCUCGCAAAGGGGAUUGCCAAAGAUCCGAUGCACUACUGCCUCAAGCUCUUCGUUGGCGAGAAGCAAUUGCAAGACGAUGCCAUCCUGCGAUCCGUUGCGGAGGACCUGGUGGCGCAGCAGUUCAGCCUGCUUGUGGUGGUUGAGAAGGAUGCGCUGUUGCCGAAAGGAGCCAGGAAACGUGUUGAAAAGGAGCUCGGGGAGCUUCAAGGAGGGCUUCCAGACAUGGGCGAGAUGCUGCAGGAAGUUGUUUGGGAAAACCCUGGCCGACAGCGGAUCGUCGCCAGCAUCAAAGGCAAGCCCGGGACACCCUAUGCAGAAGGGGUUUUCGACGUCGAGUUCGUGUGUCCCGUGGAUUAUCCUUUCAAGCCACCCAGGGUGUCCUUCCGCACGGAGAUUUGGGCGGCACAUGUUGGAAAGGGACGCAUCAAAGGCAUCAGGGACACCAGUGAUGUUUGGAGUCCUGCCAACACGAUUCCCAAACUCUUGCAGGAAAUCUACGAGAGAAUGGAGAAGCCGGAGUUUAUCCUUCGAAUGUAUCCACAAGAGCGAGACCGGGUGGAUUUGCCGAAUCCGGAAGCUGCUCGGCAGCUCCAGGACAACCCAGCAGAGUUUGAUGCACAGGCCAAGGAGUGGACCCGGCUCUAUGCCGCCCGAAGGCAGCAGCACGAGCAGCCUGAAACGGCCUGA